UGUGCAUAACGGAUUGGGCACCAACACUUCCUCUCUGCAUCCCCUGCUGGACAAAAAAAGAAAUUGAAUAAACAUGUCCUCCUUGACAACGGACACUGUUUCCAACAGACAGUUCUAUCCGUUAAACACCAUCAUGAACGCUCCUGUGAAACAGAAUUGGGAUGGUUUCGACAUAACUUCUCACGGAGAUAACAAGAAGAUAGAUUUUUUCCGAAAAGUCGAAAAUCUGAAAAAGCUGGUUGAGAAGAAUGAGAAAGAGACAUGGCUAAAAAUCCACUGGAAGAAUGGCUUCGGAGAUUUUUUUUCGGUUGUUAAGGAGCUGGAUCAAAGAUUAAACCACGACCUCAACAAUGAAAGGUUGAGAGUGCAGCAACAGCUUGUGAAAUUGCGACACGGAGUUGCCCGAUUCCAGGGACAACUAACUGAUGUGAAGCCCUCCACUGAAUUGAUUGAGAAACUACAAGAGAUUAUGACUGAGGUUGAAACCUCGAUCAGCACUUUUAAAGAAGACCAGCAUCAGAGCUUUGAGGAGCUUCUGAAAGAGGAGAGGGUCUGCUGGCAGGAACUCUCUGCCUUCGAGAAGAAGAUGGAGACCUGGCCUCUGCUUGACAAAUCAGACUCUGUGGUACAUGCUGCUUCAUUAGGCAAGGCGCAUGUUACCCACCUCCAGCGUGAUGGUGUUCCCCCUGAAGUGAGAGCCCUGGAUACCUUUCUUCAGCUGACAGGGGGUCAGUAUGGUGGCUGGGAUCAGUACGACCAUCAGAGCUUUCUCCAGGUAUUGACCAAGUAUGGUGGAAGGCCGUCCUGCAGCAGAGAGGCCAUGGCCUACCUGCCAGCCCGGACCCAAGAGGAGGUGCGCCAACAUGAAGCAUGGUACCUUAAGGUCCAAGACCUGCAAGAGAGGAAAAAACAGGCCAUCCACAGGUGGAGGACAGAAAGAGAGCAGGGGAAAGGGGAGAGUUUGCAGCAGAGAGAAGAGCUGAUGGAUGCAGAGAGGAGGAAGAGGGAGGAGGUGGCACAGGAGUGCCGCCUUCGGGCAGACGAGGAGAAGAGGGAGGCGGCCGUUAGGAUUGAGGCAUGGAGGAGCCAGCGGCAGCUCCAACAAGAGCAAGAGAAGGAGCAGUGCCUGAAGGAGGAGGUGCGCCGUAAGAGGAUGGCCCAGGAGGAGCGCAGGAGACAACAGGAGGCUCAGCUGGCUGUGAAAGCUUGUGUCCAACAGAAGAAGGAGCAGGAGAAACAACGCUUGGUGGAGAAGGAGGCGCAGGAACGAGCAGAAAUGGAGGAGAGGAGGAGAGCUGCGGCCCAACUCAUCCAGCACUUUCAGGAAAGGGAUCUGCACAAGCUUGAAACAAAGCUGUUGGAGAAACAACAGAAAGAGGAGGAGUUCGUGGAGAGGCAGAAGAGGCUUGCUAAGAUUAAAGAAAAGGUUGAAGCGCACGUCACCAGAGACCAAGCUCGGCUCUGUAAACCCACUAAAGGAUGGGAGGAGCGCACCAAAAACAUCGGACCAGAGGGAGGAGGACCUGUCUAUCAGACAUUCCACAGGGCUGUGCCAAGCUGGAGACAAGAUUUAUAGACUACUGAAACACAGCUAGUUCAUAUUUUUAUUAAAUUAAUUUCAAUUAAAAA